UCUCUCUGUCUCUCUGUCUCUCCCUGCUAGGGACCUGAUGCCCAGAACCCUUGACGGGCAGAUCACCAUGGAGAAAACCCCCAGCUACUUUGUCACCAAGGAAGCGCCUGCGCGCAUCUCCGCCAUGUCGAAGGGCACCAGGCUCAUCGUGGUGGUGCGGGACCCCGUGACCCGAGCCAUCUCCGAUUACACGCAGACUCUCUCGAAGAAGCCCGAUAUCCCCACCUUUGAGAGCCUGACCUUCAAAAACAGGACUACAGGCCUGAUCGACACCUCCUGGAGCGCCAUCCAGAUAGGCAUCUACGCCAAGCACCUGGAGAACUGGCUCCUCUACUUCCCCAUUGGCCAGAUCCUCUUUGUCAGCGGGGAGAGGCUGAUCAGCGACCCUGCCGGGGAGCUGGGCAGGGUCCAGGACUUUCUGGGCCUCAAGAGGAUCAUCACGGACAAACACUUCUACUUCAACAAAACCAAGGGCUUCCCCUGCCUGAAGAAGGCCGAGGGCAGCAGCAAACCCCACUGCCUGGGGAAAACGAAAGGCCGGACCCACCCCAACAUCGACCAGGAGGUGGUGCAGAGACUGCGGGAGUUCUACCGGCCUUUCAACAUGAAGUUCUACCAGAUGACUGGGCACGACUUUGGCUGGGACUGAGGCUG